AUGGCCACCACCGCUAUUCGCUCCCGCUUCUGGCGCGGAGGUGUCUGCAAUGCCCUCAUUUUUUGCCCCGCAGACCUCCCCGCAGAUCGGACAACUUGGCAGAAGCUAUUCGCCAAUGCAAUGGGAUCUCCGGAUCCUUACGGCAGACAACUCAACGGCAUGGGUGGUGGAGUCUCAUCCUUGUCCAAGAUCUGCAUCGUGUCUCCGUCUACUCGAGAAGACGCCGAUGUGGACUUUGAGUUUGUGCAGGUUGUCAUUGAAGACGGGGCCCUGGAUCUGGCUAGCAACUGUGGCAACAUGACCGCUGCCAUUGGUCCUUUUGCAUUGGAUGAAAAGCUAUUCUCGCCUUCAGCCACGCAGCUCUCCAAGCAACCCGGCCAUACUACGGUCAGAAUCUUCAACACAAACACCAAAAAGGUCAUUGCGUCUACCUUUCCAAUCCAUGGCCAGCCGCCCCGAUUUCAACCCCACGGGGCUUACAAGAUGGAUGGUGUGCCGGGCACCGGCUCCAAAAUCUCCCUGUCCUUUCUAUCUCCUGGGGGCACGCAGACUGGAGCAGUGUUCCCCACUGGAAACGGCAUAACUUCAAUGGCCACCACUGGCAAGGAUGGAGGCCAUGUGCAGGCUUCAUUAGUUGACGUCGCGAACCCCGUCGUCUACGUCGACGGCGCGUCCUUUGGAAUCUCCGCCGAUGUCACCCCUGCCGAACUGGAUCAGAAGACGGGCACCAUGAUAUCUCUAGAAAGCAUCCGUCGGGAGGCUGCAUCCCUGAUGGGCAUGAACCCCGAUGUUGCCAGUGUCCCCAAACUUGUUAUCCUGUUUCCUCCCCAGGGCACAGACGCCAACAUCACAUGUAUGGCGUUGUCCAUGGGCCAAGCUCACAAGGCCAUUCCUUUGACGUUGGCUCUAAAUCUCGCUGUGGCGUGUCGGUUCGAGGGUAACUUGGCGUCUAAGCUUGUCAAGGAGGUGGGAGGAGAUGGGAAGAUUACGAUCCAGCAUCCCAGUGGUACCAUCACAGUAGGGACGGAAAUUAAGGGAGACAAGGUGGAGAGUGCUACCAUCUAUAGCACAGCGAGACUUUUGAUGAGUGGAGAGGUCAAUGUUGAUUAA